GCAGAUCGUCGCCGAGCCGCGAGAGGAAGAGGAAGGGGGCAGACCGGCGAGUCUGCGCUCGGCUGGCCGCGGGCGGGGCGGCCGAGAGAAGCGCGCCGCCGAGGCCGGGGGCGGCGGGGGCCCGACGGGAGCGCGCGCGCCGGGGACCCCGGGGCUGGCCGGCGGCCGGGGGAGGCUCGGCGGACAAAGGGGCGGAGGGCUGCGGGCCAUGGCGCCCUGGGGCCCCGCCGCCGCCCGCCCGCGCGCCGCGCCGCCCGCCGUCUCCGCCCGCCCGGGCGCCCCCGAGAUGCGCCCCGGAGCCCGCGGAGCCGCCGCCCGCGGGGAGGCGACCUGGAGCUCCUCUCAGUGCUGACAUGAUGACAGUGUGCAGGCCGGCCGAGGGCAGCCACAGCCAGACCGAAAACCUGAGCUACAAAUUGGCUGACAAGGUCAAGGUGGAAGAUCCAAAGACUGGGGAAGACCCUCAAAGGCAACCAAUUGGGUCCUUCAUUCCUUUCCUAGAGGCUGGUCAGGAGCCACCCUUCAGAAGGAGCCCACUGGAAAGCCUCAGUAAGCUCGUGCUAGAGUCAAGAGUGGACAUGUUCAGCUCAAAUAUGAUCAUCAGUGACCCAGCUGCAGAAGCCAGCAGGGCUGGGAAGAAGCAGCUCAGAGGUGCUCAGAACUCCUGCCCAUCUGCCAGAGUCGGAGCCCGGCACAAGUCCGUCAGCAUAAAGGAUAAGAUAUCAGAAUGGGAAGGGAAGAAGGAGUCACCCACUCCUGCACCCGGCAGGAGAGCAGACGGACAAGAGGAUUACCUGACCUCCUGUGUGGUGGGGAGGAGAAGUAGUGAUGGGGUGAGACCUCAGGCCACAGAGGCUAAGAAUGGAACAAGGCUGGAAACAGAGAGCAGAGAAAAUGAGAGGAAUAAAGGAGGAGUGAAAGUUGGGGGACUGGACCCAGAGCAGAGGGAAGACCCAAGCCAGCCAGACAGGGUGCUGGAUCCUAGCUUGGGCAGGGGCCGAGAGCCGAGGGUUGGCAAACGCUUUCAGAAUGAUCACCUCUCAGUGCUGAAGCAGGUCAAGAAACUUGAGCAGGCUUUGAAGGAUGGGUCAGCAGGGUUGGAUCCCCAGUUGCCUGGGACCUGUUAUUCCCCACACUGCCUGCCUGACAAGGCAGAGGAGGGGCCCACCCUCCCUGAGAACCCGGGAGGUGGGGGAGGCUUAGAAGUCAGCCGGAGAGCCCACCACUUGGACCUGGAAGGCAGGGUGCCUGCCUCUGAGGCUGCUGAGGACAGGAAAGUUCCAUGCGGAAAGCCUGGGGACCAGAGCCUCGAGAGUGUGUACAGGGGCUCGGAGGGGUCCCCCCAAAAGCCCUUCAUCAACCCCCUGCCAAAGCCCCGGAGAACGUUCAAACAUGCUGGUGAAGGGGACAAGGAUGGGAACCCAGGCAUCAGCUUCAGGAAAGAGAAAAGAAACCUGCCUCCCCUGCCCUCUCUGCCUCCCCCGCCCCUGCCCUCCUCUCCCCCGCCUCCCUCUGUGAGCAGAAGGCCGUGGACCGGGAGACAGAAAUCCAGCGCUGACCACAGAAAGUCUUAUGAGUUUGAAGACUUACUGCAGUCUUCCUCUGAGAACAGCAGGGUGGACUGGUAUGCGCAGACUAAGUUGGGACUCACACGCACUUUAUCGGAGGAGAACGUCUAUGAAGACAUUCUAGAUCCACCAGUGAAGGAAAACCCUUAUGAGGACAUCGAGUUACAUGGUCGCUGCCUGGGGAAGAAGUGCGUCUUGACCUUUCCUGGUUCUCCCACCUCUUCAAUCCCUGACACACCCACCAAGCAGUCAUUGUCCAAACCUGCUUUUUUCCGGCAAAAUUCAGAGAGGAGGAACUUCAAACUGCUGGACACUAGGAAGCUGAGUCGGGAUGGAACUGGGUCCCCUUCCAAAAUCAGUCCCCCCUCCACUCCCAGCAGCCCUGAUGACACGUUCUUUAACCUUGGAGACCCACAGAACGGCAGGAAGAAGAGAAAGAUACCCAAGCUGGUGUUGCGGAUCAAUGCCAUUUAUGAGGCCCGGAGAGGAAAGAAACGGGUGAAGAGGCUGUCCCAGUCCACGGAGAGCAACUCAGGAAAAGUGACAGAUGAGAACAGUGAGUCUGACAGUGACACAGAGGAGAAGCUGAAAGCUCACAGCCAACGCCUGGUCAAUGUGAAGUCCCGCCUGAAGCAGGCGCCUCGGUACCCGUCCCUUGACCGGGAGCUCAUCGAGUACCAGGAGAGGCAGCUCUUCGAGUACUUUGUGGUCGUGUCUUUGCACAAGAAGCAGGCCGGGGCUGCCUACGUGCCAGAACUCACCCAGCAGUUCCCGCUGAAGUUGGAAAGGUCUUUCAAGUUCCUGAGAGAGGCUGAGGACCAACUAAAGGCUAUUCCCCAGUUCUGUUUCCCUGAUGCCAAGGAUUGGACUCCUGUCCAGCAGUUUACCAGUGAAACAUUCUCAUUUGUCUUAACUGGAGAAGACGGGAGCAGAAGGUUCGGGUAUUGCCGAAGACUGCUGCCUGGAGGCAAAGGGAAGCGUCUUCCUGAAGUUUACUGCAUUGUGAGCCGCCUGGGAUGCUUCAGCCUCUUCUCAAAGAUCUUGGAUGAGGUGGAAAAAAGACGAGGCAUCUCUCCUGCCCUGGUGCAGCCCCUCAUGAGGAGUGUCAUGGAAGCCCCUUUCCCAGCCCUGGGCAAAACCAUCCUUGUCAAGAACUUCUUGCCGGGUUCAGGAACUGAGGUGAUUGAACUGUGCCGCCCGCUGGACUCCCGGCUCGAACACGUGGACUUUGAGUCUCUCUUCUCCUCUCUCAGCGUCCGCCACCUGGUCUGUGUUUUUGCGUCCCUGCUUCUGGAAAGGAGGGUCAUCUUCAUCGCAGACAAGCUCAGCACCCUUUCCAAGUGCUGCCACGCGACAGUGGCGCUCAUCUACCCCUUCACCUGGCAGCACACCUACAUCCCGGUGCUGCCGCCCGCCAUGAUCGACAUCGUGUGCUCGCCGACCCCCUUCCUCAUCGGGCUGCUCUCCAGCUCGCUGCCGCUGCUCAGGGAGCUGCCACUGGAAGAGGUCCUUGUGGUUGACCUGGUCAACAGUCGCUUCCUCAGACAGAUGGAGGACGAGGAUUCCAUCCUGCCCCGCAAGCUGCAGGUAGCCCUGGAACACAUUCUGGAACAGAGGAACGACCUGGCUUGCGACCAGGAGGAAGGGUCCCCUGACUGCAAGCACAGCCCCGAGUCCAGCCCCUUGAACGAGGUGGUGUCCGAAGCCUUUGUCCGCUUCUUCGUGGAGAUCGUGGGCCACUACUCCUUGUUCCUGACGUCAGGCGAGCGCGAUGAGAGGACCCUGCAGCGAGAGGCCUUCCGCAAAGCUGUCUCCUCCAAAAGCCUCCGCCGCUUCCUGGAGGUCUUCAUGGAAACCCAGAUGUUUCGGGGCUUCAUCCAGGAGCGGGAGCUGCGCCAGCAGGAUGCCAAGGGUCUGUUUGAGAUCCGAGCCCAAGAGUAUCUGGAAACACUCCCCAGUGGAGAGCACAGCGGUGUCAAUAAGUUUCUGAAGGGACUAGGCAAUAAAAUGAAGUUUCUCCACAAGAAAUAACCCUCAGCGCAGCUUCAAGGGAAAACUUCCUCCUAGUGCGACCACAUGCUUUAAAAACAGUUCCUGGUGGCCUUUCUGAAAGGCUGGGUCCGUGGCUGUCCCAGUGCUGGGCUAGAGACCAGGACGGUUUCCUGCCACCGCUGAGCUCUCCCCGGACCAGGGCCUGAGAGCCGCCCAGCGGACACCAAGGAAGGGAGCCUGCGCCGACAUGCAAACGGAUUGUUUAGGUUUGGGGAUUGGGGUUUUUUAAUCUUAGAUAUUAAAAAUAAGAAAAGUG